GUUGAUCAAGUUUAGUUGUUGGAAGUGGCAGAUUUGCUUGAAAAGCCCAAUACUGAAAGCUGGAGAAAGAUGUUGUGCAAUUAUUGGCAUGUAGGGUUGAUGCUACUGUUAUUUUCAUGUGGUGGUCUGGUGCUGGCUUCUGAACAUGAAACACGUUUGGUGGCUAAUUUAUUCCAAAACUAUAACAAGGUGAUUCGUCCAGUGGAGAAUCACAAGCACCUUGUAAAUGUUACAGUGGGGCUGCAGCUGAUUCAACUCAUCAAUGUGGAUGAAGUAAAUCAAAUUGUGGAAACAAAUGUGCGCCUAAGGCAGCAAUGGGUUGAUGUGAAGCUUCGCUGGAAUCCAUCUGAUUAUGGUGGAGUUAAAAGGAUCAGGGUGCCUUCUUCUGACAUUUGGCUGCCAGAUAUUGUUCUGUACAACAAUGCUGAUGGUGAUUUUGCCAUUGUUCACAUGACCAAAGUACUUUUGGAAUAUACAGGAAAAAUAAUCUGGACACCUCCGGCAAUUUUCAAAAGCUAUUGUGAAAUUAUUGUAACACAUUUCCCAUUUGAUCAACAAAAUUGCAGCAUGAAGCUGGGAAUAUGGACAUACGAUGGUACAAAAGUUUCCAUAUCUCCGGAAAGUGACCGCCCAGAUUUGAGUACCUUUAUGGAGAGUGGAGAGUGGGUCAUGAAAGAUUAUCGUGGAUGGAAGCACUGGGUGUAUUAUACCUGCUGUCCUGAGACUCCCUACCUGGAUAUCACCUACCACUUUAUCAUGCAGCGAAUUCCUCUUUAUUUUGUUGUGAAUGUCAUCAUUCCUUGUCUGCUCUUUUCCUUCUUAACUGGAUUAGUAUUUUACUUGCCAACUGAUUCAGGUGAGAAGAUGACUUUGAGUAUUUCAGUUUUGCUGUCUCUGACUGUGUUCCUUCUAGUUAUUGUUGAGUUGAUCCCUUCAACUUCCAGCGCUGUGCCUUUGAUUGGCAAAUACAUGCUUUUUACAAUGAUUUUUGUCAUCAGUUCAAUUGUCAUUACUGUCAUUGUAAUUAAUACUCACCAUCGCUCUCCAAGUACACAUACAAUGCCGCAUUGGGUACGAAAGAUUUUUAUUGAUACUAUACCCAAUGUCAUGUUUUUCUCAACAAUGAAACGAACAGCAAAGGAGAAGCAAGAGAAAAAGAUAUUUACUGAGGACAUUGAUAUCUCUGACAUUUCUGGAAAGCAAGUGUCAGGAAGUGUAAUUUUCCAAACACCUCUAAUUAAAAACCCAGAUGUCAAAAGUGCUAUUGAGGGAGUCAAAUAUAUUGCAGAGCACAUGAAGUCUGAUCAGGAAUCAAGCAAUGCUGCAGAGGAAUGGAAAUUUGUUGCAAUGGUGAUUGAUCACAUUCUGCUGGGUGUCUUCAUGCUGGUUUGUAUUAUUGGUACAGUUAGUGUGUUUGCUAGCCGUCUCAUUGAACUCAAUCAGCAGGGCUAA